GAUUAUAGAUAAUUAUUAAACACUUUCCUACAAUAAUAAUCCCAUAAUACAUCUAAAUCAUCUACCACAAAACCAAAAUUAUGUCUGCCCAAGUUGAAGUCUCAAAUGGAGGGGAAGAAGAUGGCUCAUGGGUUAUCGACUCGAUUGCCAAUUUCACAUUGAUGCCUUCAUCAUCGUCAACCGGAAAGAUCCAUAGAGUUCCAACAAUGGUGAAAGGUUCAAAAGAUCACUAUCAGAAGUACUAUGUCCCAAAGGUUGUCUCCAUUGGUCCAUACCAUCAUGGCAACCCGAACCUUGAUUUAGUUGAGAGACUCAAACCCGGUUUUACAAUGAAGCUCCUUCCAGACAAUAAGGAGAACCUAAGAAGUUUGUGGAAAAAAUUUGGAGAACCAAAUAAGGUGCAAGAGUUAAGAAAUUUCUAUGAAGAGAAGUCUACAAUUGCGUUUUGCGAUAAGGUAUUCGUUAAGAUGAUGUUGCUUGAUGCUUGUUUUAUUUUGUAUUAUAUUCAACACAUUUUUGGUAAGAAUUUUGAAGAUGUUGAUCAAGAUUUGAAAAGCCACCAGAUUGUGUAUGUUCGUCAAGAUUUGCUCUUGCUUGAAAACCAAAUUCCUUUCGACGUUUUGGAUGAGGUGAUGAAGUUGAUGCAGAUUAGUCGUGAGAAGAUUAAACCAUUCAUCAUUGACAAUAUUUUGGCAUGUGGGGAGCCUAGUAAAAGAUGGUAUGGAUCGAUAUACAGUUAUACUGUCAAAAAUUGUAACCGUUUUAGUGAAAAAUCGGAGUUGGACUUUAAUAAAGCCCAACCUGAUCAUCUUCUUCAUCUUCUUCAUCUUAACCUCACUAAGGAAAAAGCUCCCAAAGAUACAUCAAGGCAUAUCGAUAGAUGCACUUUUCGCAAUGUUACUGAGCUUACGGACGUAGGGAUUCAAUUCAAGCCUAAUAGCUCUAUGUCUUUGGCUGACAUUAAGUUCUUUAGAACUUGGUGGUGGUGGUUUUCAGCUAGUGUCAAACUACCUCCAAUUACUGUGGAUGAUUCCACUAAGCCGAAACUACUAAACUUGAUAGCCUAUGAAAUGUGCUCUCAAAAUGCAGGAAAUUCUUGGGUUACCUCAUACAUAUGUCUUCUUGAUGCUCUAAUAGAUCACCCUGAAGAUGUCAAAACUCUAAGAAAAUCUGGGGUGCUCGAUAACUCUCUUGGAAGUGAUAAAGAAGUGGCGAAAUUGUUCAACGAAAUAGGCACUGAUUUAGUGCCAAACAAUUUAGCUUAUUUGGAUGCUAAGAACAAAAUACAAAGGCAUUAUGAAAGUUGGAGGAAUGGAUGUUUUUCUCAACUUAAGCAUGAGUAUGUCAAGAGCCCAUGGGCAUUCAUUGCACUUAUUGGAGCUUUGUUGGCUCUUUUUCUUAGUGGUGUUCAAACUUAUUACACUGUUUGGAGUCCCAAAGGUGAUUGUGAUUAUCUUUGCUUGUUUUUGAGGAGAAACCAUCACUUAUAAGAUUUAAACAACUAGCUAGAUGGUUCUUCUUAAUUACUGAUUUGUUUUGUGUGUGAAGUGUGUUGUGUUAAUUUCCAUAAGAGUUUGAUUGCUUGUGUGUGGGAUUUGAGUUUACUUGUAAUAAGAAAACAUAUAUAGUUAUCAUUUUAAUUAUAACCAUCUAAUA